AUGGAACUCUGGAACAUCACCUUGAUAAACAGUUUCUUCCUCGUUGGAAUUCUCCAGGACAGCAGGUCCCCUGAGCUUGUCUGUGCUGCCAUCAUAUUCCUGUACCUGGUGGCCAUGGCUAGUAAUGGGCUUCUGCUCCUAUUGAUUGCUAUGGACAAUAGACUCCAUGUGCCCAUGUACUUCUUGCUCAGCCAGCUGUCACUUAUGGACCUACUAUUCACAUCAGUAGUUGCCCCCAAGACAUUGCUAGAUUACCUGUGUGGACAAAACACAAUCUCUUUUAUAGGCUGUGGGCUUCAGAUGUUUCUGGCGCUGACUCUUGGGGGUGCAGAAGAUAUUCUGUUGGCUUUCAUGGCAUAUGACCGUUAUGUGGCCAUUCGACACCCCUUGAACUAUAUGGUAAUUAUGAGACCAAAGUUUUGCUGGUCCAUGGUGGCUACAUCUUGGCUUUUGGCAUCUCUGAAUGCCCUUGUACACACCAUAUACACCAUGAGCUUCCCUUUCUGUAGAAACCAAGAGAUUCACCACCUGCUCUGUGAGAUCCCUCCACUGCUGGAGCUAGCAUGUGCUGAAACUUCACAGUACAAGUUCAUUCUAUACACAACAGGUGUGACCUUCCUCCUGAUGCCCCUCUCUGCCAUCUUUGUCUCCUAUGCCUUAGUUUUGACCACUGUGUUCCACAUGCCCUCAAUGCAAGGGAGAGAAAAAGCUUUUCUUACCUGCUCAUCCCACCUGACAGUGGUUGGGCUGUACUAUGGCGCUGCUAUGUUCAUGUAUGUCCUACCCAGUGCCUACCACAGUCCUCAGCAAGACAACAUCAUCUCUGUGUUCUAUACCAUUGUCACUCCAGCCCUGAAUCCCCUAAUCUACAGCCUGAGGAACAAGGAUGUGGUGGGGGCCCUGAAGAAGGUUAUAGGGAAAGGCCUCUCAGGACAGAGAUUUUAG